GCAAAUUGACAGGUUGCUCUUGCUGAGGAGUGCCGUGCCCCGUCGGGGCUUUCCCGAAGGUCGCUGAUCUAGGGCCCGUUGGAGGUUGUGUGCACUGCCCGAGUUCAUCUUCGUCCCUGUAGGCGAAAUUUAGUACAAGCAGCAGCAAGGUGCACCAGGGCUUCAUAGCUUUGUGGCCCUCAAGAUGGCAGGCGGCGCGAUACUUGUUCCGGAUAACAAUAUCAAAAGUUACAAUGGCCGGCUGACAUGGGUCGUGGUGCUGACAUGCAUAGUGGCAUCGACGGGCGGCCUGCUGUUUGGAUUUGACAAUGGCAUCACUGGGGGAGUGACAUCUAUGGAGCCCUUCCUGGAAAAGUUCUUCCCGGACGUCUAUGCGCAUGUGAAAAGCAAGGAUGAGGGGAAUAACGCCUACUGCAAGUACAAUAACCAGGGGCUGCAGCUCUUCACCUCCUGCCUCUUCAUUGCCGGCAUGGUGGGCGGCCUCAUUGGUGGCUACACCACCAGGGCACUGGGGAGGCGGCGUACCAUGACCAUUGGCAGUGUGCUGUUCCUGAUUGGCGCUGGCCUCCAGGCAGGCGCUGAGCACCUUGGCAUGCUCAUUGCUGGCCGCAUCAUGCUCGGCUUUGGUGUGGGCCUGGCCAAUCAGUCUGUCCCACUGUAUCUGUCAGAGAUCGCCCCGCCAAAGAUGCGCGGCGGCCUCAACAAUCUCUUCCAGCUGGCGACUACUACAGGCAUCCUUGUGGCGCAGCUUGUCAACUAUGGCACACAGAACCUGCAUGACUAUGGCUGGCGAGUGUCUGUGGGUGUGGCAGCCAUUCCUGCCAUCAUUCUGCUCAUUGGCAGUCUUGUGCUGCCAGAGACCCCCAACAGCCUCAUCGAGAGGAACCACCACGAGCAGGCGCGCAAAGUGUUGAGGAGGGUGCGUGGGACUGAUGAUAUCGGCCUGGAGUUUGAUGACAUCUGCACUGCCAGCGCUGUCAAGAACCCUUGGAGAAACAUCAUUUCCAGGAAGUACCGGCCUGAGCUGGUGAUGGCUACAUUCAUUCCCUUCUUCCAGCAAUUUACAGGAAUCAACAGUGUGGUGUUCUACGCGCCUGUCAUUUUCAGCAGCCUGGGCAUGGGCCAGGAUUCUUCCCUCCUCUCCUCCGUUAUCGUCGGUGUUGUCUUUGUGGUCACCACCGUCGUGGCAGUUCUGACAGUGGACAAAUUUGGCCGCAAGAUCCUCUUCCUGCAGGGCGGGGUGCAGAUGAUCCUGUCAGAAGUUAUAGUGGCAGUCCUCCUGGCAGUGCAGUUCAAUGCACACAGCGGGGAAGCCAUCAACAAGGGCAUUGGCGUUGCUGUCAUCUUCUUCAUCUGCCUCUUUGUUGCCGGCUUUGGCUGGUCAUGGGGCCCGCUGGGCUGGCUUGUGCCGAGUGAGAUCCAGCCGCUAGAGACCCGCUCUGCAGGCCAGGGCCUCACAGUGGCAGUCAACUUCCUCUUCACCUUCAUCAUCGGCCAGUGCUUCCUCUCCAUGCUCUGCGCCUUCCAGUACGGCAUCUUCCUGUUCUUUGCGGGCUGGGUGCUGGUGAUGACUUUGUUCGUGGCAUUCCUGCUGCCUGAGACCAAGGGCAUCCCCAUCGAGGAAAUGGUGGUGGUCUGGCGCAAGCACUGGUUCUGGGCGCGCUUUGUGGAGCCGGCCGCCGCGGACCUCAAAGCCAUGGAAACCGGCAACGGCGCCCAGCAGCUGCCCAGCAGCUACGCGGGCCCCGAGCCCAAGAGCGCCUGAGCUUUUGGCCCAACACAGCUUGAAGCAAAUAUUACUCCAACUGAAAGCUUUUCGGCGCAAUAGGAGCUGUGCAGACUCGAGCUUGUCAGCUUGUCAGCGUGACAGGGCACAGGACUGGUUCCAGUUGGAAAGUGUCAAAUAGGAAUGAUUGCCCCACAAGGUGGUUGAGAAAAUGAGCCGGGCCUUGCAGCUGUGGAUUGCGCUAAGCUGGGGAUUGUGCCAUGCCUGAAGCUUAAGUGCCGGAAAUUUCUCAGGAAAGAGGCACAGAACAAUGAUGUGUACAUUUGUACGUGAAGGUCUGUGACAAACAGAAAGAAAUUUUCAAUUUUGAGCUCCUCAGGGUAGCACGCGUGCCAAUGACAGUGGCUGAUGCCUCAGCUACAAGCACCAUUUCAUUAUCUUCUGCAAAAGAAGACUUGUUAAUUGAUUUUCUGAACAUGGUUAUGAGAUACCGGAGAAUGCUUUUUGUGAAAGAUUUUGUUCAUACUGGACAUGGCAAGAAAGAUUUGAAGUGCUCUGUUGUCGCUCCUUUCCAUAAGAGGUGCCCGAGAUCUGCUUGUCCAAUGCCUGGGAAGUGCAAGAGAUUUUGGCAAAAAUUGACUGCUUUGCAAAUGUGACCCUGCAAAUUGACAAAGAAGUACCUGGACUUGGGAGCAUGAACUCGAGCUGUGUGGGCUUUCUGUCAUAGAUGGAGGCUGUAAAGAAGGUGCAUGCACAC